GUGACGGCAGCCAAAGUACUUUACGGCUAUCGUCGUUUGUCAUGUAACUUUCAUGCCGUGCAGCUGUCCUUGUAAUGAUGCGGACAACGCAUGUUACCUACUGAAGCUUUCUGCACGUAGCUCGCCACCGAGGACAAAAACUCAGCAUGGCGUCCCGUCUCCUCCAGUACUCUGUACUUCUUCAGAAGUACCGUACCCCGCUGAUCGUGGCCAGCUGUGGUGGGGUCUUUGCAGCCAACAUGGUCUACCAUGUUUUUCCUGACAUGUCCUUCCGUGAGCUCUACCAGGCGUGGCAUAAAGGAGAGCCCGUCAAGCUGUCUGAAAACCUGGAGGAUGUUUUUCAACAGGUGUUGAAAGACUAUGGGAUCAGCUCAAGCAAGAAUUACUCUGUGUUCGCCUCCUUCGGGUUCCAUCCAGUUGGCGCCGGGGUCCCGUGGCUUCCUGCAGGGGCCCACAUUGGCAUCCCGGCUAACUUUAACAGCAGUGUUGACGACCCGAGCGGGAUCACCAACCGCAACAUCUUCAUCAACGGCAAAAUGGUGGACUGGAGCGGGGAAGUGGGUUCUUCUCUAAAAGACACACUGGUGUUUUCCCCCGAGGCGCAGAGGUUUGCCAUAGCCCGAGAGGUGGCCCGCCUGCAGUCUGGAGGACCUGUCGUGAGUGCUGCUGUGGCCCCUUUCUGCCUGGGUGGGGUCUGGGUGUACAGCGUGCUCCUGAAGCAGGUGUUCGGGCUGAACGCGGGGCCGGCGCUGUAUCGUGGGGCUGUGAACCUUCUGGCGCUGGGCAUUGGCGCCGUGUCCUACUUCCUCACCUCGGACGCGGUCAACCAGUGGAUCGACUAUAGCACAGACAGGCAUGCGGCCGCAGUGUCCCGCGAUUAUGCCAAAGGAGGGGUAGAGUUUUACGAAAAGAUCCUGUCCAGAAACAAGAUACUGCGCUCGCUGAUGGGGCAGAAGGGAGCGGAGAUGUACGCUCCCAGUGGGAACUUGUUUCCUGCUCACAUCCUUCGGCUCAAACACACGCCGUACACAUCCAGGAGAGAGGGGAUCCUCGCUCUGCUCAAAGAGGAGAAAGCCUGAACAGAACUCUCGCACAUGGAGUAAAAUAAAUGGCCUUACCUGAGCAUCUGCAAUAGACUGUUCAAAAAUAGAAGACUGGGUCCCUGAGUUUAUUUUAGUUGCAAUAAUUUGGCCAAAGGAAGUAACCUAUUUAUCAUAGAAAUAUGUCAAACCACAUGUGCUAUGUGUUGAACAAUUGAAACAGUAAGACAGUCUUGUAAAGUCCUGGUGUGUGUCAGAUUAAGAGUCCAGUCUAACUGGUGACUUUGUCCCACAAGAUGUGGAAGGUUAAGUCUGGAAUAUUUCAAAAUAAACUAUUUUGAUACAUGUGGUGGAAUAUAUGUUUCUGAAUUGACGUGGUUGAUCUGUGAUGCAGAAAAAAUGCUCGUUAAUUAGAACAGGUUAAUUAGUUAAUUAGAAGCACACAUAGAUUUUCUCUGGUUCUGAGAGUCCAAUAAUAGCUCAUUAAUGAUUCUUUCACCUCUGUGGACACGGACUGAGCAUCUUAAACGUGGCUUGGAGGUGUAAAGUGUGUGAUGUGUAUAUGUGCGUGUGGUUUGU